AUGAUUAUGAUGAUGGAAUCAAUUUAACAGAUAAUAAUAAUGAUAAUAGAAUCAAUUUAACAGAUAAUGGUAAUGAUGAAACCUUUUCUGAUAAUGCUUCUGGUAGUAUUUCUAAUUUUGAAUUUGAAGAACAAAAUGUUAAUUUUAAAUUUGAAGGACAAAAUGUUAAUUUUGAUUCUAUUAAUUUUAAAGAAA